AGUCUUCUUGUGGAAAACCUUAGCUCGAGACGAUUAGUUGGUUCUGUUACUCUUCCAUCCUCCACCUGCCCUGCCAAAGCCAAGAGAAAUGGAGGUGGCGAACAGAGUGAUAUCGGCGGCGAUGAAAGCCGCCAACAACAACACGGUCAUAAACGUUUUCCUGGUCGGAUCCUUCGUCGCUCUCGGUGUGCGAUCAAGCUACCAGCAACGGCAACUUGAUGCUCUGGAGGCAGAAAAAGCGUCGCUGGUCAGUUCCAAUAAAUCCAUGAAGAAAUCCAUGUGGGACUGGAAGCAGCAGCUCUUCGCUGAAGCCUCUGCUGGAUCUUCUUCCAUCCCUCUCGCCAGACUCCAGGCCAUUUACGGCUACUCGCCCGCGCCUCAACCAACUGGAGAACCAGUGAAGGAAGAAGCAAAGAAAGUUCGAUCUGAUUUCGUAAUUUAAGUGGUUGGUAUCCGCUGUUGGGGAACUUUCUUGUACGUGAUCCUGACUGCCACAAUGGAUCUGAAAGGACAUCUCCUCAGUUGAAGAACUUGCGAGAGCACUUUAGGGUCGUUUGGAUGUGGAAAUUUGAAAACGUGGGAAUUUGUAUGAAUUUCCAUGUUUUACAAAACCAAGGAAUUGACUCGUGGAAAUUGAACAAAAUUCCACGUUUGGAUAGGGUUUAGUUUUGUGGGAAUUGAUGGUGUGGAAUUUGGUAAAAAUACAAAAAUGCCC